CAUGAUCUAAUCCAAACCUCAUCUCCACCACCAAAUACUCUUUUGCCAUAUGCAAUGGCCGUGCUGCCGGUCGCGUAAGGUCAGGCCACUGAAAUAAGCUAGAACGAGGCAUAGGCAACACAGAUCGAGCUGCCUCGGAGCUCUUUUCAGCGCAGCAUCUGGCUCGACCACAGCGGAAGCGAAAAAAACAAACGUCGUCUCAAGCCCGAUAGCGUCAUAACUCACAUCAUUCUCGAUGUCCUCAGUCACUGUUGGCCAGUCUGCCCGGGUCGGGCUGCCGAGGCUGGGCAGCCAGUUUUUGCGAACCAGCAUGUCGACCAGACGCAAUCUAUCGUCCUACUUGGUCACGCCCAAAGAGCUUCACGAGGCCCUGAAGAAGAACCCCCCCUCUCCGAUUAGCCCCGAUGCUCGAGUGAUUCCCCUAUGCGCCGCAUGGUUCCUCCCCAAUGAUGAACGGACCGGUAUCCAAGCCUUCCGCGAGCAGCGCAUCCCAAAGGCGCGCUUCUUUGACCUGGACAAGGCCAUCGACAAGCGCAGCCCAUACCCUCACAUGCUACCAGAUGGCAAAGGUUUUGCCGCGGCUAUGAGCGAAUUGGGCAUUCGACGAGAGGACGUGGUUGUUGUCUACGACACGAAAGAGCUUGGCAUCUUUAGCGCCCCUCGUGUGGCAUGGACGUUUAGGAUAUUUGGCCAUCCCAAGGUUCACAUCCUCAACAACUUCAAGCAGUGGGUUGCUGAGGGGUACCCCACCGAGUCCGGAGAACUAUACAAUGUCGAGUGCAAUCCAUAUCCUAUUCCAGAGCUUGCAUCAGAGAGAGUUGUUAGCUUCGAAGAGGCUAGAGAGGUGGCUUUGGACUCCAACAAGGAGGGAGCAGAAGGAAUUCAGGUCUUGGACGCUAGGCCCAGUGGCCGCUUUACAGGCAAAGACCCAGAGCCUCGCGAGGGCCUAUCCUCGGGACACAUGCCAGGAUCGAUCAACGUGCCUUUCAGUGCUGUCCUGGAUCCUGAGACCAAAAUGUUUCUGCCCGCGGAUCAGCUGAAGAAGGUAUUCGAGGAGAAGGGAGUCGACGCUAAUAAGCCCAUCAUCUCUACCUGCGGAACUGGUGUGACUGCAUGCGCCAUUGACACUGCCUUGGAAGUAGCAGGAUUUCCCAACUCUAGAAAAGUUUAUGAUGGUGGUUGGACUGAAUGGGCUCAACGGGUUCAGCCGUCGGAGAAUUUGAUCCGCAAGUCGGAGUAGGGGCAACUUUUGUUUGUGCAGCUUGCUGUCGCUUUAUUCGAGCCACGAUACCCUCCCUUUUCUGUUUAUGAUUACUAUGCCCUUGGGCCAUGUACGAAUAUUGAAUAACGGAUAGCAUUCAGCUUUCGUGGUUUUCUUCUCUUGCUUUGGUGCGAUAUCGUGGUCUCAGCUAUCUCAACUUACAUGCGGAUUCUGGUGAAAAAAAAGAAAAGACACUCUCCAAAGAGAAUCAGGGAGCUCCCAGUUAUCCAUUUGACCAUUUUCAGUGCUGGCACUAUUAGACUCGGCUGAGUCCUGUUCAGUUCCUUUCCUCAACCCCAAGUUUCAAAGAGCAUACAGCCACCCAUUGACGCUAAGAACGCGCUGGCUCACCUAGGUGAGCCUCUUUUGACUUACUCAGCUGCUCGGUGAAGCGCUCCCAAAAUAGACCCACCCUGUUCUCGCCUAACAAUUGAGGCAGCGACCCACAAGUUGGCUCUGUUAGGGCUCGCCUAACCCAGUCCACACCCGUAAAAUUCCCAGACGGUGCUAGACCCCGCCAGCGAAAAAGUUCCCCAGUAUCGAGGGCCACAACUCAGCGAAAAACAACAUCAGGGCCGCUCCAGCGCAUCGUCUAUCCCGACCAACUCCCUCGCCGCAACAAACAACAAACCCAUAAUUCACAAUGGCUGAUCGCGGCGGUGCUCGUGGCGGUGGUUUCGCUUCCCGCGGUGGUGACCGUGGUCGUGGUGGUGAUCGUGGCCGUGGUCGUGGCCGUGGCCGUGGACGUCGUGGCGGCAAGAGCGAGGAGAAGGAGUGGCAGCCCGUCACCAAGCUGGGCCGUCUUGUCAAGGCUGGCAAGAUCACCAGCAUGGAGGAGAUCUACCUGCACUCCCUGCCCAUCAAGGAGUACCAGAUUGUCGACCAGUUCCUCCCCAAGCUGAAGGAUGAGGUCAUGAAGAUCAAGCCCGUCCAGAAGCAGACCCGUGCCGGUCAGCGAACCCGAUUCAAGGCCAUCGUCAUCAUUGGUGACUCCGAGGGCCACGUCGGUCUCGGAAUCAAGACCUCCAAGGAAGUCGCCACUGCCAUCCGUGCCGCCAUCAUCAUCGCCAAGCUGAGCGUCAUCCCCGUCCGAAGAGGUUACUGGGGUACCAACCUUGGUCAGCCUCACUCCCUGCCCUGCAAGGAGUCUGGCAAGUGCGGUUCCGUCACUGUCCGACUUAUCCCUGCCCCCCGUGGUACCGGCAUUGUCGCCUCCCCCGCUGUCAAGCGAUUCCUCCAGCUCGCCGGUGUCGAGGAUGCCUACAGUUCAUCCGCCGGUUCCACCAAGACCCUCGAGAACACCCUCAAGGCCACCUUCACCGCCGUUUCCAACACCUACGGCUUCCUGACCCCCAACCUGUGGAAGGAGACCAAGCUGAUCAGAUCUCCUCUGGAGGAGUUCUCCGACACCCUGAGGGAAGGCAAGCGAUACUAAGAGAAGAAACGGAAGGCGUGUGUAGUGGUGAGGAGGACUGGAAACGGUGCGCGGAGUCACGAUACAACUUGUGUUUCAUUGCAUGGUUCGGCCGGUUAAGGACUUUGGUUCGGACAUGAGCGUCAUGAGGAUAUAAAAAAUGGCCAUGAUCUGAAGUGAAGAAAUUAAAAAAUUUCAACUGGCGUUCUUUCAUUUAAAUUUUCGUCUGGAUGUGCCCAUUGGUGACUUGUUUUGAAAUUCUCGUUUCUUUCCUUGAACAUGAAGACGCGGUAUAUUCGUCUUCUUUUGAACUAGAACGAUCAUAUAUUGAACAAGUUAUUAAUAGGAAUCAUCUAAUUGCCCA